UUUCCAGCCUAGAAAAUGCCAAAGUGUUGGACUCGAUGGAAAAAAGCAGUCACAUAAUGUAUAGGACACAACACAAUAACUCAACUUGAUUCUGUGCACAGCAACUUACCAAGCAAGUCGACAAAAUGCCUCGCCAGGUUACUGAUAUUAAGCUCUUUUUACAGCUUGCUCACAGAGGUGAUGCGACUUCUGCCCGUGUGAAGAAGAACCAAAACAAGGAUGUUAAGUUCAAGCUUCGCUGCUCCAAGUAUCUUUAUACUUUGGUUGUCGCUGAUGCCAAGAAGGCCGAGAAGCUUCGUCAAUCCCUUCCUCCUGCUCUCACCGUUGCCGAAGUUGGCAAGAAGGCUUAGAAACAAUCAAUGAAGUACCGGUUAAGAACAGGCAAACAGUUAGGAGAGGGAAGAAUUUGUAGAAAAAGUAGUUCAAGUAAUGUGGCCAUAACGUAGUUGAAAAGGUUUUGUUUUGUAGAAUCAAUUGCCGGAAGAUG